AUGUUUGCUCAUGGCAUGUAAAAGGGACUAUGUUUGGCUUAGUUGCAGCUGCUCUGGAGUGAAGGCUGUAAGUUCAUGUACUUGCUCGUUCUCCUGUAAGCUUUGAAACCUUCUGUGUGAAGUGGUCUGCUAAUUGGUAACAGUCACAUACUGAGGAAGUCACCAUUGCCAACUAGGAUAUGACACUGAAUUGUACAUCGGGGAAAUUAAUCUGUUCUUAGGGGUUGAAUUACCCUGCUACAUCACAGUGGGUUUUUAGCCCGUUUCUUGAUGAAGAUGGCAGCUAACAAUGCAGUGCUGAACAGACUGGAGCAGAAGGGUGCAGAGGCUGAUCAAGUUAUUGAAUACCUCAAACAGCAAAUUGCCCUGCUCAAAGAGAAAGCUAUCUUGCAGGCAUCUCUCCGAGAAGAGAAGAAGCUCCGUGUGGAAAAUGCAAAACUGAAGAAAGAAAUUGAAGGGCUGAAACAGGAGCUGAUUCAGGCUGAAAUUCGAAAUGGAGUAAAACAGGUCACAGUUCCUUCUGGUACAACUGUUUCUACAGCUUCAUUUUCAGAAGAUGUUCCACAACCCACAGCAGUUGCAUCAUCUGGUUCCAAAGAUCACAUUAAAGGUGAAGAUGAAGAAAAGAAAAAGAAGGAAAAAGUAGAAAAAAAAGGUGAUAAGAAGGAGAAGAAACAGCAGCCAGCUGCUGGAAGUAGCGAUUCAAAACCUGUAGAUGUAUCUCGUCUGGAUCUUCGUGUUGGCUGCAUUAUUACUGCUGAAAAGCACCCAGAUGCAGAUUCGUUGUAUGUUGAAAAGGUGGAUGUUGGAGAAGCGAGCCCAAGGACCGUUGUCAGUGGUUUAGUGAAAUAUGUUCCCCUGGAUCAGAUGCAGAAUCGGAUGGCAGUACUGCUCUGUAACUUGAAGCCUGCGAAGAUGAGAGGAGUAGUAUCUCAAGCAAUGGUGAUGUGUGCCAGCUCCCCAGAAAAAGUGGAAAUUCUGGCUCCCCCACCUGGGGCAGUAGCUGGGGACAGAAUCACUUUUGAAGGUUUUCCAGGAGAUCCUGAGAAGGAACUUAAUCCUAAGAAGAAGAUUUGGGAGCAAAUCCAACCUGAUCUUCAUACCAAUGACCAGUGUGUGGCUACAUACAAAGGAGUUCCAUUUGAAGUGAAAGGAAAAGGAGUCUGCAGGGCAGAGACCAUGGCAAACAGCGGAAUUAAAUAAAUGGUUGUUAGCUGCUUGUUCAGAUGUUGAAAUGGAAAGUAAUGCAAGCACAAUAAAAAAACCAUGAAUAUUAUAACCCUCUGAAAUGCAUGUCUAAUACCUUUUUUUUGUUUGUUUGAUUCCUUUCCCAGAGAUGCAUAAUGUUAUACCUGUAACACUAACAAUUCACUCAUUUCCAUAUUGACUCUCUUUGAGGUUGUGUUCUGUGAGGUAUUAACCACUCAGUGAUUGAUUACCAAGGCUCAUUCAUGGAAGGACUAAAGGCUGAUGAUCGUAUUUUCUAGAUAACUGAAAAGUUAGGAGGAUCCAUGAAGCAAGAACAUCUCAAUAAGGAAAACUUUCUGCCCUAUUCCUUGUGUGCUAACCUCAGUGCUAACAGUUGGUCAGAAGACUGCAGCUGUUUUCAUUCUUAACAUCUUUCAACAGUUUCAGUCCUCUUUAAGCAUUUUUCAGAUAUAUUAUAAACUUCUGCAAAUUUGUUUUUGGCUGUGUUUUCUGUGUAGUCUGCAGACAGUGGUAAUGGGAGUAUUAAAUUAUGGCCCCUUAUACCUCAGAAUAUGCAAAAUGACAUAUGAAAUAUGUUGCUAUAAUAGUUUUGGAGUUUCACCUUUUCCACCUCAGUAGUUCCUUCCUAGUGAGGGAGAUGUCUAAUUAAGGAUGAGUAGCUAAUAGAUUGUCAAGAAAAUGUAGUCAAAUAUGAAAGAGCUGGUUUUCAAUGCUCAAAACACACAAACUUUUUUUCCAUUUUAAUAUAUACUUUGAAUAAUAUUUUGUACAAAAUAUGCUUUGAUUUUUUUUAACAAAUUACUUCUAGGUUUUAUUUGAAUUAUUCAUAAUGUAUUUAAAACAGGCACAACAACUAUGGUGAUAUCAUUAAAUUGCUCCUUUUUAAUUCUUGCCUUUCAAUAAUCUGAAAAUAACUCUUGGAGCUCAAUUCACAAUAAAACUUGAAAAGUAACUAUUUAGAAAUGCUUCACAUGUUUCAGCAUGUACUAUUUAAUUAACUGUCUACUGUCUAACUGCUCACAUGGUAAGCACUUAUCUAACCACCGACGUAAGAAAUUUACCCAACCUGGAUUUCGUAGGCUUUGAACUUAUAUAGUAAGCUGGGAGAUAAAAAAAAAUCGAAGUGGUAAUGAUACAAGAUUAAAAGGAACCAAACACAAAAGAAAAAUUAACAGAUAACUCUAUCAGAUGAGUUCUGUAUGUGCCUAUACAGUUAACUGUGUUAAUUUUUCUUGUAUCUGGGAAUAAGCAGCAGAAGUUGUUAUUUUAAGUCUGCCAAAUAGCAUUAAGCACAUGGGGAGCUAUUUUAACUGGCCUAAAACAGUGUGUCCAGUAAUACUUAUUAAACAAAAUACUUCAAGUAUUUUGUUUCUCAUGCGAUUGUAGCAUGAAAUCUUACUAUUGACUGCACUCGCAUUUAGAGCGUGAUUUGGAGUACUAGCUUGUUCUCGUGUGGUUGAAAUUAGGAUUCCAGAUUCAGUAGUGUGAGGUACUCUAUGAAGGGCAUGCAGUUUGGUAAUCUAAAGAGAUAUUUCCAGAUGUAUGUUCAGAGGUAUUUGGUAGGGAUCUUGAAGAUUCAAAUUGCUGUCUUACCUACUGUUUUAUAAGAUGCUAUAUAGCGUAGAAAAUAGACAAAUGAGCACCUGAAAGCUAAUUUUAUUCCUUGUCAUGUUUAAGUAGCACUCGAUAAUUAUUUUGUCUUAUAAAAUUCAAGAGCUUUCUUAAGACAGUAGUUCUUUCCUCUUUAUUUAUGCUCUUUUGAUUGUCUAGGAAAACAUAUUUGUUCUGUACUGAGCUCAGCAGUGAUAACAGGGUACUUGAAGCUUUGUGCAAAUAUGUUUCCUCACUGAAUCCAGCUGCUUCUGCCUUGUCUGCGUGAGUAAGUAAAACUGCAGUGAAAUCCUUCCAUGUGGGACCUAGGAGUUCCUGUAAUGAAAAACAAAUCUCAAAUUCUUUUAUUCAUUUUUUCUACUCCCACCACAUAAUUUUGUAUUAACUGAUCAUCUUAUGUUUUGUUUCUGGCAGUAAUCCAGUUUAUGCUAUCUGAGUUGCUGAAAUUUUGGGGGACUUUGACCUUUAAAUACCUAGGCAUCGCCUUCUAGUGGAAAUAGGUAGCUGUGCAGUGAAAACAGUUGACCUGUUCUGCAGAUGUUAGAGUUUAUUCAGUUAAAAGUGUCCACAUGUAAACAACAAAAAUUGUUGUUUAGCUUCAUCACACAUCAUCAGAAAUAAUAUGUAAAAUUCAAGUAGCUUACAUUAUUUUCUACAUAUAAAUACUUGUAUGCUAUCUUUAAGCUCUUCGAAAAAAAGAUUUCUAAAUCACCUUGCGGUGAAUAAAUAAACAAUUUUAUGUAACACUGAUUUCAGUAACAGCUGUAUCUUUUUAAACUGAGCUGUCCUUGGCAGCACAGGAAUAAUGACAGAAUUUCUUUGACUACAGUUCUUCAUUUGAUAGAAGGGAAUGGGGGAACCAAGCUAGCUUUUUGUCAGUAUGAAAGAAGGUAAUAUGAGUAAGAGAUUGGGCUUUAAGUUACGAUUUUAGAAAAUUAGCAACUUCAGUGCAAUCAUGUGAAUACUUGUCUGUGUGAAAGGAAAGCUACUGUAUUCAAGUUCACCUUAUAGUUAUUUCAAAAACUCUGUAAACUAAAAGUUUAAAUGCAUAAAACUGUUUUAAAGGAUAUCUUUGUAUUCCCAAAAUAAAUAAGGAGUUAGACAAAGGAUUAUGUUACCUUAAUAGUGAUUAAUCUGUUUUAGAUGUUAGGAGUGAGAAAAAAAUAAACUGCAAAAUAAACUUUA